UAAAAUCGGAACAAGAUGGCGUCCGGUCAAUAGACGAAUAGCAGGGAGGCCGGAGGCGCUCUCGAGGUUCGUGGGUGUUCUCAGCCCGGAGCUGGAGAGCCUUUAAGGCUGUAUAUCAUUGACAUUUUUUUCUCUACCAAAGUGAAAUGGUCGACACGCGAGUGAAAUGAAAAAUGUUCCAUAAAGAAGUGCAUAUUACGUAUGCGUCGGCCUGAAUGUGCCGUGUUUCUCGAACUCGAAAGAUGCUGCCGUGUAAAGCGACGACAGAGAAGGCGCCUUCGCGAAACUGUCAGGAAGAUCGUCGUCGUCGUACGUGAGUCAGUGCGCUCGGUGGAUUGAAAGAAGGCACGUACGUACAAAAUGGCUUCGGGCGACAAUGUGGACGUGAUUGAAGUGGUUGAGACAAGCUUCACUGGCCCGGUACAGGCCACAGAGGAUCAUCUCCGACCGGAACAGUACGCGGACGAGGACAAUAAAUCUACAGGGGAUAAAGUGACAACACUUGACAAUUCGGUAGUGCAACAUGGCACCAUCGGGCCCAAAACCUCUUCGGGGGUAUCAAGGAACAAAUCAGAACGGGAGAGAAAGAUUGGCCACAGAAGAGUUGGAGUGGGAGGUGAAAUUACGUACAAAAAGAUUCAAACAACACAAAUUAUGGGAUCCAUCCAGUUAGGUAUUCAACAUGCGGUUGGUGGUUUGGCUAGUAAACCAGAACGUGAUCUAUUGAUGCAAGAUUUCAUGACUGUAGAAACGACGAAUUUCCCAAGCGAAGGAUCUAAUCACACUCCGGCUCAUCAUUUUUCCGAGUUUAAGUUCAAAAAUUACGCACCCAUUGCAUUUCGUUAUUUUCGGGAUCUCUUCGGUAUUCAACCGGAUGACUUUUUGAUGUCGAUGUGUAGCGCUCCAUUACGUGAAUUAUCGAAUCCCGGAGCUAGUGGAAGUAUCUUUUAUCUAACAGAUGAUGAUGAAUUCAUCAUAAAGACUGUACAACAUAAAGAAGGGGAAUUUUUGCAGACACUUCUUCCAGGAUAUUAUAUGAAUCUAAAUCAAAAUCCAAGGACAUUAUUGCCAAAAUUCUUUGGGUUAUACUGCUAUCGGUGUAAUAGUAAAAAUGUCAGACUAGUUGCUAUGAAUAAUCUUUUACCCUCAUCUGUGAAACUACAUCAGAAAUAUGAUUUAAAAGGAUCGACAUACAAAAGAAAGGCAUCAAAAUUAGAAAGAUCUAAAAACUCUCCAACAUAUAAAGAUUUAGAUUUUAUGGAACAUCAUCCGGAAGGGAUUUUUUUGGAAGCGGAUACAUAUAAUGCCCUAGUGAAAACUAUUCAAAGAGAUUGUCGAGUUUUAGAAAGCUUUAAAAUUAUGGAUUACUCUUUACUCGUUGGUAUUCAUAACCUUGACCAGGCUGCAAGAGAGAAAACGCAGGAACAAAGAUUACUAACGAGUGCAGAGGAAGAAGUUGGUGAAGUUGGAGGUGAGAGUGCAGGAUUCAUUCAAGCAGAACGAGAUGAUAGAGUAGGAGCUAGCGCUCUAAACCGAUCGCGAAGUAUAAAUCGACAAAGGUUAGUUGCGCACAGUACCGCUAUGGAAAGUAUUCAGGCUGAAAGCGAGCCCAUAGACGAAGAGGACGAUGUACCCAGUCCAGGUGGAAUUCCUGCUCGUAAUGCUCGUGGUGAACGCCUGUUACUUUUCCUUGGUAUUAUUGAUAUUUUGCAAAGUUACAGGCUCAAGAAAAAAUUGGAACAUACUUGGAAAUCGAUGAUACACGAUGGUGAUACUGUGUCAGUACAUCGACCAGGUUUUUACGCGCAACGUUUUCAAGAUUUCAUGGCGAAGACAGUAUUCAAGAAGAUACCGUCACUGGACCUGCCUGAGAUUAAGGGGAAUCAUCGCAAAUUCCGUAACCUCGUCACCAGCUACAUAGUCUUUGCUCAAACAUUGAAACAUUCCCCGUCGAAGAGAAAAAGCAUAACCAGGCCGCUCAGGCCGUUGGAUGGAGAUUUCGAUUCAACCGCGGUGCCGACAACCGGAACUUCGACAAUGCAUGCUACGUCACCCACGAAAGCUGUGACCCCGACAGACCCUGCGAUCAGCACGACCAGCACGGUGAUGUCGACCAGUUCCGCGCCAAUCGCCACCUCCACCCCGGUUAACUUCGCCGCGGGCCCUGUGAGCCCGCCUCCGUUGACCUUGGCCGCCGGUCCAGGCCCCCCUCAUCAAGAGCAACCAGUGACCACCUCAGCGGCCAAGGUCACGAGCUAUCCAGCCGUCCUGAAGGGCAGGACCGCCGCCAGCCCACCGAAUCCGAAUCUGGUACCUUCCGGCAAGAUUCCACCUCCCGUUCCCCCGAGAGGCACCGGCCAAUCGAGGACCGCGAGGUCCUCCGAGGAGCACCGUGGCCCCGGAACGGCCACCUCCACGUCCUCGAUGACGUCCAGCCGAGGUGGCACCCUUCCCUCCACUUGCUCCACCCCGCCCCCGCCCUUUGACGAUGCAGUGCGCUCAAACGACCAAACCUUGGCUUCUGGUGGUCAACUUCAACAGGGUGCACCGACCACAAUGUUAGCGAGCAGCCUGAGCACUGCUCAAUCGAAACAAAAUAAGGUUGUUCACCAUGUCACUCUUACAAAGACUUAUCACGAUGCCGUGAGCAUAUCUGACGUGCAUUUGGAAAGCAGCGGUAGCGGAAGCGGAAGCGGCGGAAGGGAAACAAAGUCGUCGUUGAGCGUGGAAAGCGGUGGAAGCAGUCGAGGAGGUGGUGGAUUCACCUGGACACCACCCGCGGGUAGCGCCGAGGGCUCGACGCCCACCUGGACAGAGGGCACACCGUCCUUUACUGAGAGUUCCAGCAGCGGUGACGCAGGUUGGUCGACCACACCGAUCAGGGGACGUCAGGAUGACGGAGGGAGGAUUGCUACCACUGUCGAGGAGGCGCUAGCCAGUCUCACUACGGAAAUGGAGAUACUGCAGCACGAGUGAAUGCAAAGCAACUCGUCGUCCCUCUAAGCUUCGUCGAUUCAAUGAGGUUUGGAUAUGGGUCUGGUGCGGCGUCGUAGCGAUGAAUCUUCGAAAAAAAAAAAAAAUGAAGGAAUUUCGAACGAGGGAAAACGAAAUCGUGGAAGGGAGCGUUUGAUCGCGAAUCAAGACGGAUGAUUGAGAGUCGAGGAGGUGAAUGCCGGACAAACAUAACGUAAUUUAAUCAUAAUCAUUCCUUCUUAAACAGUAUUAUCGUUACACGAUUCACAAAUAGUUUAUCAUAUUCGAUUCUGUACUUAACGAACACCUUCUGUGAGAAAUAUUCGUCUCGAUUCGCGAGUUAUCGAAAUAUUAAUCAUCCAAUGUGUGUCAAUCUCGCAUUUACUCGUACGGUAUAAAUUUAUGAUUUAAAUAGACGAAUUCUCGCGAAGCGAAUAAGGAAUCGAUGAAAAAGAAAAAUGAUUCCGAAGCUUUGGAGAUCGUCAAAGGGCCAGAAAGCUUAUACACCGUGAUAAAACUCGGCCUACAGUAUUAGAAGAUUGUAUAAUACUCGACACUCGUUCAGGAUCCAUACAUCCAUUUAUGGAAUUGGCGAAUCAUCAUUCCAAUUAUUUCUUUUUGUAUAUCGAGUCUUGUAGGCACUGUUGAAAUUCUAAUCGACGGAUAGUUAAACGUAAUAACGUCACGUGUUUUGAAUACAUAUGAAUAAUUAUAUUAAUAAUUAAAUUUUAGUUAAUUCAAUUGUGUAACGAUUAAUUAUAAGUGUGCACGAUUGCGAGAUUGCAGAUCGAAUAAAAAAUUCGAAUAAGAUCGUGUAAAAGUUUUGAUAAUCGAUAAUGGAAGAGUGAGGUCUCAUCCGAUUCCGAAUUUUUCCGACUCGUCUCGAGAUUUGAUUCUCGAAUCACAGAACGAUCACGCACACUUCCAAUCAUCUUGUCUUCUGAUUAAUUAUCCUUUUCGAAAAGCGUUCGAAGGAAAAAAGAACACGUGCCAUUAUUGCGAUUAACUCGUUUUCUCGUUGCUUGUUCAUAUCUAGCACUACAAAAUCAAAUGAUCAUCGAAUCAUUGAGCUUUACGAAUGACAUUUAGGUUAAACGCGAUGUAAGAUUAUCACGAGAAGUAUUUACUCAUAUUAUACCUCUUAUCAUAACUGACAAUUACCUCUUGUUACGUCAGUUAGUUAUAAACGUUAAGAGGAAGGUGAUCGAGGGGGAUGAAAGUCGUAUAGCGAGGAGAUGAAACGAGUUCUAUACGGCCGCGAAUGAAGAUGUAAAUAAUACUUAUGAUUUAAUUAGGAGGCAGUCCUCAAUCCCGUUUUUAUUACGAUAAUAUAAUCACCGGUCGUGUAUAUGUACCUAUAUGUGUCUCACGUUUUGUCUGUCUCUUCUGUACGUAAUUAUAUAUAUACUUAUACAUAUGUACACACAUUAAAUGAAACAUGUAUACCACAUUUACACUCCUGUUCAAAAAUCUUAGGAUAUUUGUUCUAUUUUGAUCGAAAAUUGGACAAAUUUAGAUAAAUUUAGAUUACAACAUGUUAAGUUGAUGCUUUAUACGAUAAAGGAAAUAACAAUACCGAUAUAUUUUUAAUACAAAAUUCAUGAUUUAUACCAAAUAUUGAAAUUUAAUUAGGAAUAGAAGAUGUCGUAAGAAUUUUGAACAGGAAUCUAUAUCGAGAUGACCGGUGAAUUCUAAGAUGAGCUUUGAGCUUUAUUUACUCGCGAUUAUUAUUAUACAGAAUAAUAUUACAGAUAUUUUUUACUCGGGAAUUUAUUCUAUUUCAAAAAAUUUAAGUCUUCCAAAAUUUAUCUCGACAAAGGAAGAUUCUCGUUUCAGAAAUAUUUUAUAUAACUAAUAAAAACUAGGUUGAUAAAGGAAUAAAAGAUUACAAAUUAUUUCAAAGCUCGAAAAAGAAUUCUCUGACCACUUCGAUGCAUAUUAUAAAUAUAACAACUGCGCAAACUGUAUUAUACGUGAUACGAUAAAGGAGAGUGAUUGACGGGAAUUCCGAUGGUGUACGUAUUAUAUAUAUAUAUGAAUGAACAAAAGUUUAUAUAUAUAUAAAUAUUGCAGUAGUCGCAGAACAAAAGAAAAAAAAAGAAAAAGAAAAAAAAGAAAUUAUGUAAACGCGUUGCUAAUAAGCGUGAGAGUUAUCGUGAACGUUUUGAAAAAAAACCAAAAUGUUGUUCAAUUACACGUACAUACACGUAUUAUAAUAUAUUGUCCUCAAUGAAACGCUUUUGACAGUCGAUAUAUUGUAUUUAGGAAAACGGUGGUAAAAAAAAAAAAUCUAGUCGCAUCUCGGUGAUCGGUCCAUAUUAUUUCCUUCUUUCUCCGAGAACAUUUUAUUUCGUAGCUUUAAUCGCGUCUUUCGCUCUCUCACUUCUUCCUUUAGCUUUGUGUAAAAAAAAGUCACUUCGUUUUUUAAGUUAGCGUAGUUGUUCUCUCCUUUUACUUUUUCUAUUUCUAUAUUGUGAUCAAUAUAUUAAGCAUGUUUCGAAAUUAAUUCGAUGUGUUACUUUGUUCCCUAUUUUUCAAUCUACGAUUUAAUCAUUGAAAUCCAAGGCAAGUACAAUGAAUAAACGAGCCGUUUAACAAAUGCGUUUCGAUAAUCAUCCAGUGUAAAUUUCUUCGAAUACAAAUUGAUAUUUACACUCACAUCUCCAACGAAAAUUCUAUUAUUUCCAUUGUGAUCGAUUUUCAACGAGGAAACGUGACUCGCGCGAAACGUAGUACGUAUAAAUACUCGAUAAGAAGUAAGGAACAAACUUACGCGUCACGUUUGCUACGCCUUUUCGUUUCAAAGGUUAAAUCGAUGAAGAAAAGCUUUACUCCUCCCCGUGGAUAUAGAUUGAAUGACCGAGAAAAAAGUGAAAAACAGAAGCUUGAAAUUCGUAGCUUUGUUAAACUCGAGAUACUCUUUCAUGGGGUACCAUCAUGGUAUUAUCAUUAUUGUUAUAAUAUAAAUAUCGUAGCUAUUAUAACGAAAGGACAGUAACAGUGUUUAUUAGCGAUCUUCAAAGUGUGAUAUUUUUUUAAUGAACAUAUCGCAUCGUACGUUCAAGUUCUGCGAGUGAUUUCAAUGCUUGCACUUGGAGGGAUGCUUCAAGUAAUAAUUCAGGGAGGAUUAAGAUGAGAUUUAGAUCAAGAUCGAAGAAAACGCGCUUGGAGAAGGUUCGUGCCAAUUGAAUAAAAAAAAAAAAUCCUAUACCUAAUCUUAUAAUAAUCAUUGUAUUAGAAUUAAAUGAGAAAAAAGAACAAUGUUUUCAAUAACAUGAAAUUGAUUGUCAGCCUUAUUAAAAGAAGAAAGAUUUAUUUUUCUUCCGUAAUUAUUAGAACAUUCAUAAAAAAGGAUUAUGCUUUAAAAUAAAGGAAAAAUUUAUUAAUGAUUUUCUCUAAGCGCAACCGAUCGAAGAUCCAAGAUCCGUCGCUUUUUACGCUUCUCUUUGUCGCAUAUUUUAAUUGUUUGACGAUGAUCGUUUACAAGUUGUUAAACCGGCAUAUACCAUAUAUCUUCCAUCUAUGUUGUUUCAUGUGUGCUUUGAUCGAUCGUUUUAAUCCUCUCACAUUAACUUCCUGUUUUUGAUUAAUUCGAUUUAUCAAAAUUAUCUGUUUCUCCCUUUGAUGUGUUCCCUCUUCCAUUGUUUUCUUAUUCCAGUUUUCAUUUUGCAACUAAUCUGAUUAAUCUUAAUCGUUCCACUGUAUUUAUUUGCAUCAUUAAAAGCACAACUGUACGAAGUCAAUCGAAUGAAUUCUCAUUGGAAGCAAUAGAAAUGGAAGUGAUAGAAAAGAAUUGAUAUUUUUUGUGCUCGAAUUCAGAAAGAAACGAACAACAUUGCGAAGGGUCUUGUGGAACAGAGAAGAUCGUUUUCGUCGUACACACGGGUGAGAACGAGUUUCAAACGCGGCGGCACGAACGGGUCAAUCAUAAGGAGCUUGCAAAGAGUGUUGAGCGUACAACGUCGGGAGCCAUAAGGAUGAACAGAAACUGGGACGAAUCGAAAUAUUUUAGAAAUAAUUCAACUAUACCCACGCGUAUACUUCGUAUAUAGAAAGAUGAGUGGAAACCAAAAAGCAAUUAAUUAAAAUUAUCAUCGAAAUCUGUGAUCACGCGAAAACGUUUAAAAAAAAAAGAAAUUUCUUCCUUUGAUAUCAUGAUAUUAUGAUUAUCGUUAGAGUUAAAAACGAUAUUUUUAACUCUUUUUUAUUUAUCGGUCAUUUUUUUUUUUAACAUACGAUCGUAAAAUUUAGCGAAUAGAAUAAAAAUCAUGCCUGUUUAACCGGUUCGAAUGAUAAUCGGGCAUAACUUUGAUCUUAAUCCUCUCGUGACUGUAGAUCAGCCUUGCGUCUAAGUGUCUACUUAACUAAUUGCAUAAGAUUUUAUUAUUCUAUUUUUUCUUUUUUCGUUGCUUCAAAGUCAUUGCGUUAUAUAUACUUUUUGAUAAUCGUGCGAACGAAUAAGAAAAGCCUCGCGUUAAAGGAAUUAAUCGAAGCAAUAUCGAGAAGAAGGAAGACUUCUUCGCAUGAUUUUGUAAUGUUGAUGUGCCAAGGAAUUGGCGGGAUAAAUAAUAGCGAUUCUAUGGAACGGAUCGUUUCGCGAUUAUUCGCGAACUUUAUACCUCUUCGUGCUUCUUUUUCAAGUUCUCGAGAUUUUUUACCUGUUCGCGUUGUUUUUCAAAAAAUGACGAAAUUAUAGAGGAAUCUCGAGGACUCGAAUUUCUUCGAGGACAAAAAAAAAAGGUAAAGAAGUAGAAGAAAUUCUCGUCGAAUUUUGCAAAAUAUGCUUUACGAAUACUUUGAUACAGUAUUCGUAUCGUUAAAUUUCUUUUACAUUAGUCUUAUAUACAAAAAUUGUAUUAGCUUUCGAUGGAACAUUGUUCAUGUUUACUCCGACUUUAUUACUCGAAAAUCAAUCCUCUUUGAAAUAAAAUUUUGGAAAAACGUAGUUUCGAAGAGAUUUCUGAUAUUAUGAAGAAAUCGUGAAACCAAACGUGCCAUUGAAAAUGUGCGUAGAAAGAAAUAUAAGGUUACAAGAGCAAUCACGUCUAAUUGCUAUGAUUCGAAUAAUUAACCCUUUAAUCGAGCAAUACGUGUCAAUGGGAUGACUAAUGUUUACAAUGUUUAAUCGAGCCACAUUGAUAUUGAUUUUUUAGUAAGUUUAGUAAUGUGGAUUUUCAUAUUUUAUUUUCAUAUAGGUAUUGUUAUUUUUUUAUUAUCUUUUAUCCAUAAUAAUAACUUUUAUAUUUAAAAUAAAUUACUCGGUUAAAGGGUUCGAACAAAGGGUAAAUAACGGUGAUGGAUCGGUUGUACUCGUCCAAUAUGUAUCUUUCUUAUAACAAAAUUCUAAUUUAAACAUGAUUGAAAUAUUUUGCUACUAUUUUUAACAACUUCUCAGGAAUCAGAAUUUCUUUUUCUAUUUUUAUCAGACGAAAGAAAAAAGAAAGGAAAAACAACCGAUCCAUUUCUGUUCUUUAUUUAGAAGCGCAUUAAGGGAAGCAUAUAAAUAUUAUACAUUACGUAUAAAUAUUAUACGUUGACAAGUUAAUGAAAACAAUACGAAAAUAUUCAAUGCAUAAUGCGAGCGAUCGUUCAACUGUUACAAGACAAAUUUGUCACUUAACCGAGUUAUUUCGGCAAUACAUACUAUUAUGAUUAUUAUCAUUAUCAUUAUGAUUAUUACUAUCUCACCAUGAUUACUGAUAUUAUUUAAAUAAAGCAGUUACUAUUAUUCUUA